AUGGCAUCCCUUCCUUUCCGCCCCGGCCCCAACAGCGGCAUCCGCACGCCCAUGCGCCAGAACUCGGUCGACGACCGCAAUGAAGUGCACGUGCAGAUGAACCACUACAUUGGCAUUGACGUCGGGACUGGCAGUGCACGAGCUUGCAUCAUUGAUGAGGCAGGCAAUAUCGUCGGUCUUUCUGCUGAGAACAUUGGCCUCUGGCAGCCUCAGACAGGAUACUAUGAACAAUCCACAAGUGAUAUAUGGCGGUGCAUCUGCACGUCGGUCCACCGCGCCGUCGCGCAGAACAACAUCGAUCCUCACUCGAUUCGGGGCAUCGGGUUCGACGCUACAUGCUCGCUUGCCGUCUUCACACACGAUACCGACGAGCCCGUAUCCGUGACUGGGCCGACGUUCGAUCAAUCGGUCAACGAUCACAAUGUUGUUUUGUGGCUGGAUCACCGGCCCGUGGAAGAGACGAAGAAAAUCAACGCGACCAAGCAUAAUCUGUUACGUUAUGUCGGUGGUACCAUGAGCAUUGAGAUGGAAAUCCCAAAGGUGUUGUGGCUCAAGAACAACAUGCCCAAGGAAAUGUUCGACCGGUGCAAGUUCUACGAUCUUACAGAUGCGCUCGAACAUAUGGCCACAGGCAAUGAGAAGAGGAGUUUCUGCUCCGUCGUGUGCAAGCAGGGGUACGUCCCCGUCGGUGUCGACGGCAGCGUCAAGGGUUGGCAAGAAGAUUUCCUGACGGAAAUUGGUCUCGAGGAUCUCGCGGAAGACAACUUCAAACGCAUGGGCGGAGUCAACGGGGUGAACGGCGAAUACCUGUCCGCCGGCGAAUUGGCAGGAUACCUAUGCGAGCGCGCGGCCGCGGACCUCGGACUGCCAGCGGGCAUUGCCGUUGGCAGCGGUGUCAUCGAUGCCUACGCAGGCUGGAUCGGCACGGUGGGCGCCAAAGUAAACCUCGCCAAAGACGAACUCGACGCCUCCGCAGCGGCAAAUGACCAAUCUCAGGCUUUCACCAGACUUGCCGCCGUUGCCGGUACGUCGACGUGCCACCUCGUCAUGUCCAAAGACCCGGUUUUCGUUGAAGGUGUUUGGGGACCAUACAGGGACAGUAUCAUUCCUGACUACUGGAUGGCCGAGGGCGGACAAUCCGCGACUGGUGAACUGCUCAAGCACGUCCUCGAAACGCACCCGGCGUACAACCAGGCCUCGUCUAUCGCACAGGGCAGUUCGAGCAACAUCUACGACUUUUUGAACCAGCACUUGCUCGACAUGCAGGAGGAAAAACGUCUGCCUCACGUGAGUUACUUGGGACGCCAUUUCUUCUUUUACGGCGACUUGUUCGGCAACCGCAGUCCCAUCGCCGACCCCGACAUGUCCGGAUCGGUCGUUGGGCUAAGCAGCGACAAGUCCCUUGACGGUCUGGCGCUGUAUUACUACGGCACCAUGGAGUUUAUAGCCCUGCAGACGCAUCAGAUCAUUUCCGUCAUGAACAAGGCCGGCCAUAAGAUCUCAUCCAUCUUCAUGUCUGGAUCACAGUGCCAGAACGACAUUCUCAUGUCGCUUAUCGCGACGGCCUGCGACAUGCCCGUUGUGAUCCCUCGGUACGUGCAUGCCGCUGUGUGUCAUGGCGCAGCCAUGCUGGGAGCCAAGGCGGCGAGCGCAGGACCUAAUGGUCGGACGGAGGAUUUGUGGAGCAUCAUGGACCGCAUGAGUAAGCCUGGCAAGGUGGUCAGGCCGGCCGAUGAUAAACGCGUAAAAGCGCUGCUCGAGGUCAAGUACAAGGUCUUUUUGGAGCAGUGCGAGAGGCAGAGAGUGUUUAGGAAGAUGGUCGACGAGGUUACCGACGAGUCGUGAAUUGACUCAAAAGUUAUGAUUUCAUAAUGAUGAUAGACCGUUGACAUUUGAGGGAGUAACGGUAAGGUCCGACAACUUGUGGAUAGCCGUUCAAUAGUGAGACUUAUAUGAUCGAGCCGAUAGUGGUAUGCUCUGAGGCGAGGCAGGUCUAAAUGACAAAAUUUAGGUAUCUGGCAAGUCUCACUGGCGUU